AACUCCGUGACAAUUUCGAGGAAAUGUUUUAUUGCGUGGUCGGUCCAUCCGUCAACAACGAGGAAUGUCAGAAAAGUCACAUGAGCCAAUACAUAGUGGCCAUUUUAUGACAUCAAAUCCCCACACAGAACCGCAGCAGGACGAUGAGGAUGAAGACGUUGAGGUGGAUGUUGUGGAAGACGAUGAUGAAAAACCUAAUGAAAUCGGAGCAGGUGCAACCAAGGGGGAGCGCGCUGCAUUGUACGAGAGGCCAGUCACAUUCUAUAAAUUCGGACCGAAGAAAACGCAAUCCAUCGCUAUAGACGUCUCAUUGAAUAAGCUUAACAAAUGCAUCAAAGUGGCGUACAACAAAAUGACAACGCCGAAAUGGAAGGAUUUCAAGGGUUUGCGACUUCACUGGAAACAAAGAAUACGACUCAAUAAUGUGAUUUGGAGGGCAUAUUACAUUGAAUUUCGAAUGCCGACCAAGAAGGUGAAGAAGAAAACCCCGUUUUGUUACUUUGCCGUGCCGGACGAUGACACAACACACGUAAAACUCGAAGGCAGUGUUUUGGAGGGCAUGUACUGGAAGCGACGAAUGGAAGCGGUUUGUGCUCAGUACAAGAAAUGGAGGCAUUUCAUGAAGUCCAGGCGUGCGCAAGAAAAACCAGCCAAGCGAAAAAGGACAUAUUCUGAGGGUCGUAGCGAACGCUUCGAUCGUGAGCUGGGCGAACCUCCAUCAAAGCGUGAACAACGCAGUCAGACGCCGAAAAAUACAUCUACGGAACCAGAUUACGAUGACUUUGAGAAUGUCUUCACGGAUAGUCUGUUUGAAUCUCUCAAUCAACCUUAUAUGUUUCCGAACCCGAAGGAGUUUACACAAAGUGGGAAUGCCGAUAUCAUGCAGCCGGGCUUGUUGUCUCUGCAGCCAAGUCUUGAAGAGAUUAUGGCCAGUCUUGACCGCUAUGAAGAUGAACCGAGCUCGUCUUCACGUGAUGGUGUGAUGUCCAACGUGCCGCAGCCAGCAACUCAGUCAAUGAUUGACGCUCCACAAACGAAUGUGCAAACAAUACAUCCGAUGUCGAUGCCACCUCAAACUCAUAUGUCUAUGUCUUCACAACAACAUCGACCGGUUCUCGUAGGAAAUCGUGGUGGUUCGACGUCAGUACCCAGACAAGCACAGGACUAUGCUGUGGCCAGCAUGUUGGUAGACUAUAGUAACCAAACGCCAUCGUCAAUGUCGAUGCAAAUGCCGACGCGGCAGUCGUCAUCUAUCACCUCACAAAUGCUCAUGAUGUCAUCGGCACAUGCAGCACAGCCGCAGUAUUCAACGGCAUCGGUUUACAAUUCUGUUCCAACUGUUCCUCACACACAACGAAGUGGCGUGCAAUGGAAAGGCAACUUCCUGCUUGGCAACCAGGACGUGUCAAAUACGCUGGAGUAUGUGCCACAAUUUCUACAAUCACCUCCAAACAUCUUGCCAGGGACAUCGUUGUCAAUGGGCUGCGCACCGCCGACACCAUCACGUCCGUGGUGGCUAGAUAGUCCUUUGACAGCUGCAGCUCAAAGUCCUUUAGCUGCUGUUGCUUCGACGCUUAGUGGUGGUACCGUAACUCCAUUGGGGCCACCAACACCGUUGGGAAUUGGUGCAGGUCCAUCAACUCCUCCUUCACUUCUUCGCUCAGAACUGCGAAGUCCGGUGGUUGUGCGAAGCAUGUCUUUGCAACAUUCACCAGACAUGUCGACUAUAUUAAGUUCUCCUGCAUCUUUGUCGUCUAUCGAUGCGCAGAAUCACCUUAGUCGAACAGCACAUUUGGGUGUCAAGCAGUCUUCCACUGCUGAUCGUCGUCUGGAAUCUCAUAUGCCAUCCGGAUCAAAGGAGAACAAACUCUUCAUACCUCCGUCAGCUCCAAAAGAGGAAUGGACGUCCUCACUUAGCUCAAGCCUGAGAUCAACGACGAAUGCGGUUACGGGUUCCACUCUCAUGCAGAACAGGUCGGCGCCAGCUACUGCUGAAGUCCGGUCCAGUGACAGUGAGAAUCCGUGGAAGCUCAACGAGCUGAGUAAUUCUGGCAUGUAUUCACAACCAGCCUCUUAUAAUGUUGGUUCACAUAUGAAUGAUGAUUCUGGGCAAUCUUCAUCAUCGCUUGAACUUAUGAACAUGGGAGCAGGUGCUUCCGAUAAAUCUGAGCUAAAAGAAGAGCCAAUACUGAUGAGUGCUCCAUCGAGUGUAAAGCCGGGUCGCGGAGGCAGCCGGCAGGUGCAAGCCGAUUCAACAUUACAUCCUGAAGAGCGAAAGCGGAUUCUUCAUCUUCACGCAGAGCAAAACCGGCGCAGUGCGCUGAAGGAUGGCUUUGACAUGCUAAUGGACAUGAUUCCUGAUUUACAUUCUGGUGGUGUAAAACCAACUAACGCGGUCGUCUUGGCCAAAGGAGCCGAGCACAUUCGUCACUUGACGGCUGUAAGAGAUGAUCAAGUCGCACAAAGAGCUGCCCUCAAUGAAAAGAUUGCUAGGCUUAAUCAAAGAAUAAGUGUGCUUCAAUCAAACUUGCCGUCCUCUAGCGGUACAACGAGUUCAAAUGCAACUUGUGCGGGAGGAAGUGGUAGUGCAAACGAACUUUUGGUUCAAUCUGAUAUGUCCAUGAUUCUGAUCAUUUUUGAAAUCCUUCACUAUAACAUGCUUAGCAAAUAA